UUAUUCCAUUUUCCAUUUCAGUUCCAUAGUUUUUUUCCUCAUUUGGCAACUACGCCGAAUUCCUUCUUUUCUUCGGCUCUAGAGGCCACUACUGUCACGAGUCUUUCCCAUAGUCGUCUCCGAAAAAGCGGAAAAUGGUGGAGAAGAAGACCGAGAAAAAGGUAACCAAGGUUGCUAAAGUGGCCGGUGACAAGCCAGAGAAGACAACUAAAAAGGCGGAGAAGAAGCCAGCCGAGAAGGCUACAGAGAAAGCAGAUGCCACCAAAAUCAAGAAGCGCAAGGUGAAGGCUACCAAAAGGCCAUUCUCCAGGCUCUAUGCCAAGGCCAUCUUCACUGGCUACAAACGUGGUCUGAGGAAUCAGCAUGAAAACACAGCUCUCCUCACCAUUGAGGGAUGUCAGAAGAAAGAAGAUGCCUGGUUCUAUGUUGGCAAGCGGUGUGCCUUUGUCUACAAGGGAAAACGCUACCAAGCAUCUCUUGGUGACAAAUCAAAGAAAUCCAAAAUCCGCGCAAUCUGGGGUAAAGUUACACGGCCUCAUGGAGGUGCAGGAGCCGUACGAGCUAAAUUCAAGUCCAACCUGCCCGCUGUCGCUAUGGGACACCGCGUUCGCAUCAUGAUGUACCCGUCGACCAUCUAAAUGUGGAUGUUUGUUUCACAUGGCGCUGUAAUAAACUGCUCCGUGAAAAAAAAAUUGUUUAAAACCAA